AUGAUGUUUGGCACUUUCAGCAGGAAGGUCAAGAUGCUAAGUCAAAAAAGCAGAGAAAGAGAAAUCGAGAAGUUAUUUCACACCAUGACGAUGAAGACCGUAGAGCUUCCCUCAGACGAGAGAAAAGGAGAAGGAAAAGGCCAAGACGAAGAAGAAACUGACUUUGGUAACACGUUAGAAGGAGUAACAAGUAUACGUGACGAGACACUUGAAGUGGAAAAGACGCAAGACGAACCUACUAUACGUGGAAUCAAAUAA